AUGGAUCGCCCUCUCUUCGAGACGACCAUGCAUCGGGUCACUCGAUUCGGUCAACACAUCGGCAUGCAUCCGCUACUCUUCGGAUCGAAUCGCUACAUGUUGCAACAGGCUUCGCAGAGGGCGCAAGAUUUUCAACAGCUGUACGGUUUCGCUUUCGCCCAUCCGAAAGACACCUGGUACCACGUCUAUCAGGUGAAGAGCCGGACCGGCAAUCAAGGCGUCUUCGAGUUGCUCGGAGCGAUUCGUGGUCCGCAUAGGAGUCGGAACUCGGUGUAUCGAGAGCUGUACCUCGGCGAGCCGAAAGUCGCGCUCGCGAACGUUGAAGCGAUCGGCAGCGCCACCUUCACAGCGCGAAUAGGUCCUGUAGAUCUGGAAACUUCAGCGGGGGAUGCUGUCGAGCGCAACGUUCAUCGCGCUUUGCGUGUCGACUUUCCUUCCAGCUCUGGGUCCCUCGCAGUCUACACGAAUUCUCAGCCUGCACCAGCGGGCGAUGCUGUCGACCCCAGCAUUCAGCGCGCUGUGCAUGUCGACGCAUCUCUCGAGUCUCCUCCUCGCCAAGUCGACGCUGAAUCACGUUCGAAGAAAGGUCCCAAGCCGCGAUUACCUUUCGAACCUCCUCCUCCUCCUCCCUCGCUCGACACACAUCCUCAAUCAGCUUCGCGUCCGAGACGAGGUCCCAAGUCUGGCGCUGAGACCGGACCCGUUAUCUUCGAAAAACUGCCAGCUCCACCACCACCGCUCUCGCUCGACGAAAAGUACGACAUCCUCAAUCGGGCCUUUGAGCACCUCUCCUUGUCGUCGCGCAAAACGCGGGAAGUGGACGUGGUGCACCCCUUCCUGGGUCGUUCACUGCCACGGGCGGUGAUCAACGAAUUUGGACUGUCCCGAUCGCUACUGCGCGAGGUGAUGCCUGGGUACUUCGUCACCACACGCGGUCGCCCGCAGCCGACAGGAAUGACAUCCAGCCAGGCGCCAAGAAGCGAAUUUGGCUUCGCACUGGAAAAGCACUUCCAUCGCCAUCUGUUUGUGUACAAGCAGGCAGAGGAUCCGGAGGCACGAAGACCCAGGACCAUCUUGACCUUUGUUGGCAUGCUCGAACUCCGACAACGCGCAGCGCCAACGUUGAGCCACUUGCCGGCAUACAGGACGACGAAGAUUUUAGUCACGCCGAUCGGACCCGACUCAUUCGUCGAUCAUUCCGCGCUUACUCCGGUAGAGGUGUCGAGGACUUCACAGCACCGCCCAGACCAGCAGGGAUCCGAUUAG